AUGAGCGACUCCUCGUCCCUGGGCGGUGCGCUGAUCGCCGCGGGUGCGUGCGUGCUGCUGCUGUUCUGUGUGAUCGUGAUGUGCGCCAGCUACUGCCACGGCCUGGACGACAACGUGGCUAUCGACUCGGUGGAUCUGCGCAGCUUACAGCUCCGUGAGGACCUGGUGGACACGGUACUAGACGCAGGGCGCAGCGAGUGGCAGUGUCUGGUCUGUGCUCAUAUGAACCAUCCGAAUCAUGAACUGUGUCUGCUGUGUGGCACGUCGGCUGAGUUCUCCACAAUGGAGGAGACAGUGGAAGACCCGAAUACAAACAUUAAGACACGUCGCGUGGCUCGUACUACCUUCCUAGGCACCGACAAUAACACAUUACUGAGUUCUACACUGCUCGAGAACUUAAUCACGAGCUCAGACUCGAAUCCAGUGAUGAUGGGAGAGACAGAGAGCACGAAACCUUCAGCCACGCUACAGAAAGCCAAGACAUUGCCCAUGUUACGCAGUGGAUCCUCGUUCGGAGACACAGCGCAGGAAGUAGAGGCCACUACGAGCAUGAGACAGCGAGCUUUGCGCUACAGAAGACUGAACGAGAUGCAACUGAACCAGAAACAAAGAGGCGCAAGCAGAAGAAGACUGUGGCAACGUGUGCCACUCCCCAAUGGAGGCUUCGUAUGGGUCAGAACGAUGGAACCCGCCGAUGCUGGCUCGGUAUUCGCACGAGCUGAUUCGUUCGUGCAUAAACUACGGACCAACUCGUUUCUAUCGAAAAACCCACAGGCCAAGAAUUUGCGUGGAGAUUUAGCAGAGCAAUUGCAUCGGAAAAACGCAGCGUCGAUGGGAUUUUUCACAGAACUCAACGCGUCCGGUACAGCUGUGGCAUGGAGGAAAACGGACUCAGUUGCGUUGGAUGUGGACCCGAAAGGUGGAGACGGAGAACCUUUGGUGGACUUUGAAGGCGUGCUGGCCAUGACGUGGAGAGAGAAGAAACGCUGGUUUCUCAAACAGAUCACUAGCCUCGCAGUGCCGUAUACUGAGUCCAUGUUUAAAAUCGACGUGCGUCGUAGUGCCAUUUUGGACGAUUCAUUGCCACAAUUGGCAGGAGAGGACGUCGACAAGUCGAGGAUGCAGGAACACUUGAACAUUGGCUUUAUUGGCGAGCCAGCGUUGGAUGCUGGCGGUGUUUUGCGUGAGUGGUUCGGACUUGUGUGCAAGGAGCUUUUCAGUGGCCAACGUGGUCUGUUUGUGACGACACAUGCAGAGGAUUCGAGCUAUUGGAUCAAUUCCGAGUCAGUUAAGUGCGUGCCGGAAGGACAGGACCAUCUGCAGUAUUAUACGUUCGCUGGGAGGCUUCUAGGGAAGGCUAUUCUGGAUGGUUUGGUGCUGGAAGUCAGCAUGUCGUUGCCUUUAUUGAAGCAUUUGUUGGGCGUCCCGAUUACUUUUUCGGACUUGGAAUUUCUGGACGAAGAGCUUUAUAAACACUUGUGCUGGGUACGAGAUAAUGACCAUGUGGAUGCUUUGUGUGUGACGUUUAGUAUUCAAACCCCGUCGGGUGAAAUGGUGGAGCUCAAGCCUGGGGGAGAGGACAUCGAUGUGACAGACGAGAACAAGAUGGAGUAUUUAUCUCUCGUGUUGCGAUACCGUAUGCUGGACAGUGUGGCUGAUCAACUCACUGCGCUACUUAAGGGACUGUACGAGGUCAUUCCGAAGUCUCUCCUUACUAUCUUCGACUAUCAGGAACUGGACUUUUAUCUCAGUGGCUUGCCAACAAUCAACGUGGCCGAUUGGAUGAACAACUCUCGCGUUCGACACUGUGCCCUCGACGACGAUUCAAAAGGAAUCGAGCAAGAACUUGAGGUGUUGCAGUGGUUCUGGGACGUCGUGAGUUGUUUCACUGAUGAUCAGCGAGCUCGACUACUGCAGUUUGCAACAGGCUGUUCACGUGUACCUGUGGAGGGGUUCAGGGCGCUCACUAGUGCUAGUGGUAUUGUGCAUCCAUUUACGCUGCAGAUGGUGCCUACUGGAACGCCUCCGCUGGGCAUGUGUCCGCGUGCACACACUUGUUUUAAUCGCAUCGAUUUGCCUGUAUAUGAGACCAAGGAGGAUCUCAACUCGUAUCUAUCACUGGUGAUUCAAAUGGAGAUCACUGGCUUUGGCUUUGAGUAG